AUGGCGCGACUACGAUAUCCCUUUGUAGACUCCGUGAUGGCGGGACUGUCGGAUCAAGAAAAUCGUCUGUCAUCUUUCUUGGGUAUACCUACGGGCAUCACAAGCCAAGGCGAGGUCUCAGCGGCAGUCCAGGCUGCAAAGAAGAUAUACGUUUCUAGAAAAAUCGCUGAAUACAACAACAAGGCCUUAUUCGCUCACCGUAGAGAGCCUAGCGGCAACGCUUGGUUGUACCAUGACAGCCGACUCCUAAAGGAUGGAGACAGGAUCAGAGCGCUAAGACUACGAACUAACCUCUACCCUACCAGAGCCCUGUCAAAUCGACAAGCCAGUGAUCCUAAGGCCAGAGAGUGCCAAUUUUGUCCAGGAAAGGAAGAGACUGCCUUCCACAUAUUGCAGGGUUGCGAGAAGGUUCAUCUGCCUCGAGUUGCUAGGCAUAAUUUUGUCGCUGACCAGGUGUCGCGGCUUUGCAAGAAAUACAAUCCAAACUCGAGUGUUGUUCAGGAAAGGGUUUACACUACAAGUGACGGUGUCAGACUUAAACCCGACAUAGUGAUAUCUGAAGGCAGCUCCGUAACUAUUCUAGAUAUAGCGGUUGCCUGGGAUGCCGCACCGAAUACCCUGGAAGAUAUUAAUGCCGGAAAAAUCCAGAAGUAUGCCGGCCUGAUUUCCACAUUUCCUGACAAACAAGACCUGUCUUGUCACAUUUGCGGGGUCACAAGCUCUUCCCGCACAAAAUACCAGGAGCACUACUUGCAAGUGCACAAUACCCAGCUGUCCUGGAGAUGCUCCAUUUGUCAGGAAAAGGAAUUCGCCCUAGUGCGAUCCAUCUCGUCGCACCUCACUAAAUGCAGUAAAAAACAUCCCGCUGCAUCUCAGCCUGCAGUCCCCAUUGCUGCCUUACAAGCCACACAGCAAGAGGUGGCAGCUACGGCUCCUCCGUUGGGUCAACGUCCUGCCCUUGGUGCGUCUGGGGCCAUCGGUACCGGGAUCAUUUCUCACGGUCGUUGGACCGAUUCUGAGCUUCGAGCCCUGGCGAACAUGGAAGUAACCAUGUUUCAACAUCCAUUCAUCAACCAGGAGCUCGCGAAGCGGUUCACCUCCCGGUCACUGAUGAGCAUUAGGAUGCAACGCCACCAAAAGCGGUAUAAAGACAUUCUAAGGGUGGCGCUCCAGACUCCAGGUGUUGCGGCGUUAUCUACCGGAGAGGCUUCUACAAUGGCAUUUAACACUCCAAGCCAACCCACUGACAAUCAUCAGGUUCCGGCCGGAGGCCAGCACAGCCAAGACAACCAAAUGACGCCGCCGGUGGCCAGGACCACCUAUCCCCUAAUCGCCCAGGAUUGGGCCCAGGAAGAAAGAUCUGAGUGUACUCCUCCAAGAACUUGCGGGGUCCCUGGGGGCGGCGGGGCUGCCGCGGCUGCGGACGGAGGCCCGGGUUUGCCCGAUAGCGUCGAAGAGCCGAUGGAGACCGACCGCCUGCUCACAACCAUCCAGGAGGCCUACGGGCCUGAGAGCUCCCCGUCCGACGUAGAGCGGACAGGGGGACCGUCCACUUCGGUGGAUCCUACUGACAUUUCUCAAUUGGCGGACCUGUUGGCGGAGGCGGACAUCAGCCCCCCUAAUCUGGCUUUUGAAGGCCAACAGAGUACCCAAGGUCCGGCCAUCACGGCGAAUGUGUCCGAUGCAUCUAAGGGGUGCUCGGCUCGACAAAGAAGCUCUGCAACGAGCAAUAAUGAUGACGGCGGCUCUGUUGGCGAGGCGGCGGGGUCGGGUUUGCCCGGGUCGACGGCUGCGGCGGCGGUGGCGGCGCCUUUCCUGGGGGCUGCCAGAAAAGCUACCGAGGCGACGAUUGCCAACACCUUACAAGGCAUAAGACAAGAUUUCAACCGUGUCGGAAUAACAGAUGGAUCUCUGGCGGAGCGUAUUGUCUCCGGCCCACUCCAGAUGGAAGAUUUAAUGAAGAUCUUCGGGCAUUUCGGAGUGAAUUUCCAGAAGCCUCAGAACCAAAGAGGGACUGUAAGGACGAACAGACAAGCUGAGCAUGUCCCGCAACUUUCUCAACACCAAAAUGCUGGGAAUAGGAAAAUACGAAAGAAGAACAAAUUCAAUAAACACCAACGAUUGUACAGACUGGGCCCACGGGUCCUGUUGCACCAACUCCUGUCAGAAGAUGCAAGCGGCGAGCCAACGCUAGCCCUGGAGGACAUCCACAAAUUUUAUGAUCCCCUUAUGUCGGGUUCUCCUCCCCCACUUCAGAGACAGCUGCCCUCACUGAUAAAAACUUGGGCUGAUACCAGCGAGUUUGACCUCGAAGAAGUUACACAGGCCCUAAGGGCUAUGGAUAGAAAGGCGGCUCCAGGGCCGGACCGUGUAUCGGUCGACGACCUGCUAGCUGUUCCACCUGAGAUCCUUCGGCAUGUGCUGAACAAUUUUUUCCAUUACAAGUCUAUGCCUGGCGGCCUCAAACAAGCACGAACUGUCUUUAUUCCUAAAAAGGCAACACCUUCACUGGCGUCUGAUGUCAGACCUAUUACUAUGGCCCCCAUGCUGAGUCGGCUGUAUUCCCGCGUCCUCCUUAAGAGACUAACUGCUGAGAACACCUUUCACCCCUUACAAGGAGGCUUUCAAGAUGAUAGGGGAACCAGUACCAACCUUUUGGCCCUCCAGGCGCUAAUGAAGAUCAUGAAAAAACAGAAGAGGAGUUUCUAUGCAGUGAGUCUGGACGUGAAGAAGGCCUUCGACUGCGUGUCACACGAGGCCAUAGCGGCAGCGGUUCGUGGUAGAGACAUCCCAGAGCACUAUGUCCAGGUGCUUAUGGAUCUUUAUAGCGGGUGUUCUACCACGUUCUGCUGGAACGGUAAGACGGACGGCAGGGAGGUGCCUGUAACACAAGGCAUUAAGCAAGGAGAUCCCCUGUCGCCGUUUCUUUUCAAUUCCGUUCUUGAUCCGCUACUCCAACAAGCUAACACCUCUGGCCUCGGUGUGCAGAUCGACCACCAACACGCAGCUGCGAUGGCCUUCGCAGAUGACGUCCUCCUCUUCUCUUCUAGCCUGGAGGGGCUAAAGGCCCUGGUACGCCUCACUGAAGGUUAUCUCGGCAGCACGGGUCUCACUAUCAAUCCCGUAAAGUCUCAAUAUUUUGGUUGGAGGUACGACGGGACUACCAAAUGGUUUAACUACGACAUACAGCCGCUCAGCAUUGGAGGAACGACGAUCACGCCCCGUGGUCGCGACACGCCAGUGACCUAUUUGGGCCUUCGGCUUUAUAUAAAUAGGCCAUCUAGGAUUGAGGACGCCAUGGCUGAUCGGAUGGUGGAACUCAUUAAAACCGCGGCCCUGAAGCCCUUCCAAAAGCUUCGAUGUGUAAACCAGUUGGUCCUCCCUCGGCUCUUGUACCAGGCUUCCAACAUCCUGGGACUUUUGACGCAGGCCACCAAGCGAGAUAAGGCCAUGCGAAAAAUAGCUAAGCAACUUUUGCAUCUGCCCCAGUCAUUCCCGAACGCCCACGUCCAUCUGCCCAACCGUGAGGGAGGAUUGGGAGUGCUUCACCUAGAGUGGGUCGCGGCAGCGGUGCAGUUUAAGGCGAUGGCACGAAUGGCGAGGUUGACCGACCCGUUUGUGGACGCCUUGUUAACGCUGGGUCUCGACGACAACCUAAAUAGACUGGCCUCUCAUCUAGGGAUCCCUCGAGGAAUUACAGAUAGGCAUGAGAUUGCACGGCUGCUAAGACACCACAAUCCUGAAGCCACUGUUGAGGAGGAGAGGUUGUUGACAUCAGUAACUGGCGUCCGAUUAAAACCAGACCUCAUCUUUAAACGAGGAGGCGAAGUAAUAGUUCUCGAUACAGCCAUCGCCUGGGACGCCAGUUCGACAACUCUCUCCGACAUCAACAGGGCCAAGGUGGAAAAUGGGGCCAACAGACUUAUCGUACGAUUACCUCUCAAAGGAGGCGGGUUGAGGCCCGUUCUCAGCCCCACUGCCCUCGCCUAA